UCAGACGCCGCGCUGGGUGGGGAUUGGUCCACGCGCUCCUGCUUCAACUCCUCGCAGUUCGCGGCCGCCGCUCGCCGCACACCUGUUCGCUCAGCCCACCCGGCGGCGCGGGGAUUCUCUGCGGUGCUUCCUCCCGCCUGCCGGUCCGCAGGGCGGGGAGAAGGGUUGAGGCUUCCUCCCGCCUCCGGCUCCCAACGGGAACCCAAGUCUCACCACUGAGCCGUCGCAGGGCGAGAUGAGCGCGGACGCGGCGGCCGGGGCGCCCCUACCCCGGCUCUGCUGUCUGGAGAAGGGCCCGAACGGCUACGGCUUCCACCUGCACGGGGAGAAGGGCAAGGUGGGCCAGUUCAUCAGGCUAGUGGAGCCCGGGUCGCCAGCCGAGAAGGCGGGGCUGCUGGCCGGAGACCGGCUGGUGGAGGUGAACGGCGAGAACGUAGAGAAGGAGACCCACCAACAGGUGGUGAGCCGCAUCCGCGCGGCGCUCAACGCAGUGCGCCUGCUGGUGGUCGACCCCGAGACGGACGAGCGGCUGCAGAAGCUGGGUGUCCAGGUCCGGGAGGAGCUGCUGAACGCCCAGGACGGGCCCGGGCAGGCCGAGCCGCCGGCCGCCACCGAGGCGCAGGGGGCUGGUGGCGAAAAUGAGCCGCAGGCCGCCGCGCCGGAGCCGCACGAAACCGAGAAGAGCCGUCCGGAGCGGCGUGAGCUCCGGCCUCGGCUCUGCACCAUGAAGAAGGGUGCCAAUGGCUACGGCUUCAACUUGCACAGCGACAAGUCCAGGCCAGGCCAGUUCAUCCGGGCAGUGGACCCAGACUCACCUGCUGAGGCCUCAGGGCUCCGGGCUCAGGACCGCAUCGUGGAGGUGAACGGGGUCUGCGUGGAGGGCAAGCAGCACGGUGAUGUGGUGUCUGCCAUCAAGGCUGGUGGGGAUGAGACCAAGCUGCUGGUGGUCGACAAGGAGACUGAUGAGUUCUUCAAGAAAUGCAAAGUGAUCCCAUCUCAGGAGCACCUGAAUGGUCCCUUGCCUGAGCCCUUUACCAACGGGGAGAUUCAGAAGGAGAACAGUCGUGAAGCUCUGGCCGAGGUGGCCUCUGAGAGCCCCAGAUCAGCCCUGGCAAGAUCCAUCUCCACUGACACCAGUGUGGAGCUGAAUUCCCAAGACAGCCCCAGGAAACAGGACUCCACGGCACCCUCGUCUACCUCCUCCUCCUCCGACCCCAUCUUGGACUUCAACAUCUCCCUGGCCGUGGCCAAAGAACGGGCCCACCAGAAGCGCAGCAGCAAGCGGGCCCCGCAGAUGGACUGGAGCAAGAAAAAUGAACUCUUCGGCAACCUCUGAGCAUCCUCCCUCAGGCACCUGGGAGGGCCUGGCCAGCCCCCAGGCCCCAACCCAGCUCACUCACCCUCCUCCUCACUCACUCCCUGUCUCCCCCCACCCCCAAUCAACACACAAAUCACCAGCAUCCCCCCCCCCCGGGCCCCGACAUCAGGUGAAUCUGAUUUUUCUAGAACUAUGCUCUUCCCUUACCUCCGGGAAGGUGAAUGUGUUUCCAUCCUGCCCCAAUCA